AUGGCGGACAGUAUCAAGUCAGAGGCACAUCUAGCUCUGUGUUACUGGAUGAAUAUCGAGGAAAUGGAGUGGGAGGAGUCAAGACACGCCUGUCAGGAAAAAGGCGGGGAUUUGAUCUCAUUGGACACGGACGAAAAGUUUAUGUACUUGCAGGAAGCAAUAGGCAAUGACAAGCGUACCUAUUGGCUUGGAGGUCGUAAGGUUUCUAGCGGAUGGACCUGGCUGUCUGGAGUAGAGAUUUCACUUGAGAGUCCAUUCUGGCACGUUGGACAGCCCGACUCACAAAGUCAGGAGCGUUUAUCCUCAGGUACUACCUACUUCGGAAGUUUUGGAAUGGAUGAUGAGUCCAGCAGUACUAAGAGAUCGUCCAUUUGUGAGAUGACUCGGAAAUAA